GAAUAAAAGACAACAAAAACUGUUAAGCCAGAAAGUUUUAUUUAUUUUUUAGCGGUGUAUUAACCUUUCCAGUUUUUCAGGAAGAAGUUGGUAAUGAAGAAGGUCCUAAUAUUUCUGGUAUGGAAAGUUGCAUUUUAAAAGAAUGUGAAUACACCGAUCCCGUAGCUGUGUGCCAUAAGUCCGAUCUGCAGGAAAAUGAGAUGAGGCAGGUGGAAGUCCACGGGAGCACCAGUAUCCUCCUGGUCAAGCAAAAUGACAUCCUGCGAGCUGUUGGCGCACAUUGUCCCCACCGUGGGGCUCCGCUGUCAAAAGGGGUCCUGUCCAGGAACCGGGUGCGAUGUCCUUGGCAUGGAGCUUGUUUCAACCUGGAAACUGGUGAUAUUGAGAAUUUUCCCGGUCUGGAUUCGUUGCCCUGCCACCAAGUUGAAGUUGAUUCCAGAGGACAGGUGCUGGUGCGAGUGAAGCGAACUGAUUUACGAAAGAAGCAGGUGAUCAAGAAAAUGGUAAGGCGUAACUGGCAGGAUCAAAGGUGUUUUGUGGUGGUGGGUGGAGGUCCUUCUGGCGCUGUUUGUGUGGAAACGCUGCGGCAAGAGGGCUUCACCGGCCGCGUGAUCCUCGUCUGUCGGGAACAGCACCUACCCUACGAUCGGAUAGAGAUUAUGAACUCCUCAAAUCAGAGUGCCAACCACUUAUACCUUCGGAACGAUAAGUUUUACAGGGACUACGACAUAGAGGUGUGUCUAGGAGUUUCUGCUGAAAAGGUGGAUACAUUUCGCAGCAUUCUACAUUGCAGCAAUGGAAAGAGGUUGCACUAUGACAAACUGUAUAUAGCUACUGGUUAUUCAGCUAUAAGACCAGACAUACCAGGCGUAAACUUGGAAAAUGUAAGAACUAUUCGAGAUAUCGGCGAAGCCAGGAGCAUACUCAAGCUGGUGGGCAAGGCCACACAAGUGGUGUGUUUGGGUUCCAGUUUUAUGGCUGUGGAGGCUGCCGCCCAUCUGGUUUCCAAGGCGGCCAGCGUGACCCUGGUAGCUCGACAGAAUGUACCAUUUAAAACUACCUUGGGUGAUUUGAUAGGAAGGCGGAUACUGCAGCUUUUAGGGGAUAAUAACGUCAAGCUGCGCAUGAGCAGUGGCAUAACGCAGAUCCUGGGAAACUAUCGUGGUGAAGUGACUGCCGUGCAGCUAUUGGAUAGAACGCGCAUCCCCUGCGAUCUGCUCAUCCUUGGAACCGGAUGCCGAUGCAAUACGCACUUUCUGCAACAUUCUGGCGUGGAAAUCCAUCCCAAUGGCUCCGUGGAUGUCAACGACUUUCUGCAGACAAAUGUAAGAAAUGUUUAUGCGGGUGGUGAUAUAACCAAUGCACAUAUCCUGGGUGGGACCUCAGAUCGGGUAAAUAUAAGCCACUAUGGCUUGGCCCAGUAUCACGGACGCACUGCUGCGAUGAACAUGUGUGGCCACAUCGCAAGACUGGAAGCUGUACCCUUUUUCUACACCGUGAUCUUUGGCAAGGCCUUUCGUUCCGCCGGCUUUGGUCCCUACAAGGAUGUUAUUAUCGACGGAAGUCUCGAGGAUCUGCAGUUCGCGGCCUACUUUGUGGACCAUAGGGACAAGGUGACUUCGGUGGCCUCCUGUGGUCGGGAUCCCAUUGUGGCCCAGUUUGCGGAGCUCAUAGCACAGAAAAAGGGCUUGUGUCGCUGCCAAAUCGCCAACUUCAAGAGUAACUGGAUAAAGAAGCUGAUGAACUAAAACUAUAGCAAUAAAGUAAAUUUUUAUUUCA